AUGUCUGCUUCAUCCAGGAAGGCAAAAGAUGCCCACCGAGUAGUCUGUCGCUGUAAAGCCCGAGAAUGUUACCGCGGCCAGUAUAUUGAUGCUUACGGUCAGCCUCAAAAUGGGGUUGAGGUGUUACCCUCUACUCGCGACGCUCACGCCCUUGCUGAUCGGCGUAAGCAAGCACUCGGGGCAAAUUCAGCCCCUGCUUCGUCUCCGAGCGCCCGUCAAGAAGAUGCUGACGAUCUGGUGGCGCCUUUUGAAAGACUUAAUCUUCCAAACAAUCAUCUGCGCGAGCAACCUUCUGCCACUGAUGCUCCAGAGUUACUUACAAGGCUUGCAAGAGCCUCUCAGGGCUCUUCGCGCUCCGCGUCUAGUACCACUGAACGUAUGGCUUCAGCAAAUCUCACCCCAAAAGACAUUGAAGAGGUAGAUGCGCAUCAAAACAAUACAACGGGUUCCAUGAUUCCGCCUUACGAUUGUGCCAUGGUAUAUACUCUUUCUCCGUAG